GAAAUGGGGAGAAAUAAGACCUCUGUCACAGAGUUCAUCCUACUGGGAUUUCCUCUCAACUCAAGGAUUCAGAUGCUUCUCUUUGGGCUCUUCUCCCUGUUCUAUGCCUUCACCCUGCUGGGGAACGGGCUCAUCCUGAGACUCAUCUGGCUGGACUCCAGACUGCACACCCCCAUGUACUUCUUCCUCUCCCACCUGGCCAUCGUCGACAUAGCCUAUGCCAGCAACACGGUGCCCCAGAUGCUGGUAAACCUCGUGAAUUCAGACAAGCCCAUCUCCUUUGCUGGCUGCAUGACACAAACCUUUCUGUUCUUGAGUUUUGCUCAUACUGAAUGUCUUCUCCUGGUGGUGAUGUCCUAUGAUCGGUAUGUGGCCAUCUGCCACCCGCUCCGAUAUUCUGUCAUCAUGAGCUGGAGAGGCUGCAUCACCCUGGCAUUGACUUCCUGGAUUUUAGGAGUUCUCCUAGCCCUAGUACAUCUAGUGUUACUCAUACCAUUGCCCUUCUGUGGACCCCAGAAAGUUAACCACUUUUUUUGUGAAAUUAUAGCUGUCCUCAAACUUGCCUGUGCAGAUACCCACAUUAAUGAGACUAUGGUUUUGGCUGGGGCAGUAUCUGUGUUGGUAGGACCAUUCUCCUCCAUUGUGAUAUCUUACAUUUAUAUUUUAUGUGCCAUCCUAAAGGUUCAAUCAGGGGAGGGGCGCCAGAAAGCCUUCUCCACCUGUUCAUCCCACCUCUGUGUGGUUGGACUCUUUUAUGGCACAGCCAUUAUAAUGUAUGUUGGGCCCCGUAAUGGGAACCCCAAGGAGCAGAAGAAAUAUCUCCUCCUGUUCCACAGCCUUUUCAAUCCCAUGCUCAAUCCUCUGAUCUAUAGUCUGAGGAACAAAGAAGUCAAAGCUGCUCUGAAGAGGAUGCUUGAAAAAGAGCAAACUUCAUGA